AUGGCAGCCUACAUAGUGAUACCGGUGAUUGUUUUAACGAUGAUGGCUAUUUGGUUUAUGGUGUACAUGUACGACAAACGAUUAAAAACCACUACGAGUUCUUCAUCGCCACCGGCCACGGCAUCACCCAACGUACGACAGGAAGGCAUAGUGUAUACCAUUUCCAACACUCCCAACGGUGGAACUGGCAACGGUACUGUUCGCCCAAGUUCGGAUUUGAACAGUGCCACCCACAUUCGAAUCGAACCGGAUGGACGGGAUGGCGUUGCUCCGCCACAGUAUGGUUACACAAGCCAGAGUUUAAUUGUCGUUACGACUAUUCCUAGGGAUUUACCACCUUCCUACGAUCAGGCGAUAAGGACAACAGAUGAAAUGCACAGCAGAGGAACGCCAUCGUGA